GUGUUCAAUUUUCAUAAAUUCAUGUAUAGUAGUCCACUAUACCAGAAUUUAUGAAAAUUGAACAGUAGAAAAAUAUGGCCACAUGAAAUUAACAAGUACGUAAUGUGGUAUGGCGAUGAUGCUUCUGUUCACUGGAAGCCAAAGAUAUCUGUUCACGAUCACACUGUGACAGUACUAGUUUGAUAGAGUUGUUCUACGCUACAUUCUUAGUGUUAGUGUGUUACCAAAUUAGACUAAGCACUUAAUGAAAAUUUAGUGUAACCUAGAAAUUGGCUACUUCAGUGGAGUGGUGCUUUAUAUAGCAAAACUGUACAUGUAACUCGACCUUUGGCUGAAAGAUUGCUUGCUUGUUUAUUACAUACAUCAUUCUUAAUCCCGGAAAUUUUCUUCUGUCUUCGAGUGAAAAAAAUAACCAGGAUGAUACCUAGGCAGGCUAAGCAAUAUGACGCCGGGCCGAAAUCGACCUUGUUUCUACCGGUAGUCGUAUGACCUCGUUCAUCGCAACAAUGGUAUUGCGCUGUAGUAAAAAUGUUGUCUGUAUUCUAAUAAGUCGGACAACCUCUCUAGCCACCGACAAUAGCAAGGGUGUUGCGCACGCGCAAAAAAAAUGUUGUCUGCAUUUUUGGAGAAAAAAAUGGCUGUAAUUGUCAGCUGGAUAGUUGAGUCCGUCCUGGAGAUUUUGCAGAUCUCCGGGCUGACUCUGCAAACAAUUCUCGUCUUCUGUGUGGCCUUCCUCAUUGCGUGCACGUUCUUGUUAAAGCGCCCCAGGAACCUGCCACCUUACCCGGCAGGACGCGUGCCUGUUCUCGGGCACCUCCUCGCCUUGGGCCGAGCGCCUCACCUCACGCUGACGGCGUGGAGGCGGCAGUACGGGGACGUCUUCACCGUCAGGAUGGGGAUGGAAGAUGUGGUGGUUCUGAACGGCUACACUGCCGUCAAGGAUGCGCUCGUGGACAUGUCCGAGCUGUUCGCGUCCAGGCCGCCAAACUACCUGUUCGAUUUGACAGUUGGAUUCGGAGAAGACAUUGUUACUGCACGUUGGGGGAGCAAGUUCAGACAGAGACGGAGGUUUGCUACCACGGCGUUAAGGAACCUCGGCAUGAAGGUCGGCACUGGCAGCAUUGAAGAGAAAAUCCGAGAGGAAGCUAUACGUCUCCGCAACAGGGUUGCAGAAUACGAGGGAAAACCUAUUGAUAUCGCCCAUGGUAUCAACGUGGCGGUCGCGAACGUCAUCUGCUCCAUGACGUUCGGAAAGCGCUACGACUACGAGGAUGAAACGUUCCGGGAGCUCUCUGAGGCGGUUGUGACAAUAAUGUCUGAGCUUGGAGCGGGGCAGAUUAUCAGUGUCUUCCCCCUGUUACGGUUUGUUCCAGGAGUGAACCGAGCCAGCUACAGUGUAUCUGGACAACUGGCGAAGAUCCAAAAGGUGUUGAGGGAAGAAAUGUCUCGCCAUCGAGAACACCUGGAUCACGAGAACCCACGAGACUUCCUCGACUUCUGCCUGCUGGAGCUGGAACUGCAGGAAAAGGUGGCUGGUCUGACGGAAGAGAACGUCCUGUAUAUGACACAGAACCUUUUCUUCGGUGGAACAGACACGACCACCAACACAUUGCUGUGGAGUCUACUCUACAUGAUUUUGAACCCAGACAUCCAAAAGAAGGUACUCAUCAGCAUCAAAUUAACUUUGCUUCGACAGGCACAAGAGGAGCUUGAUGCCGUUGUUGGUGAGAGUCUGCCCACCCUGUCCCACCGUUCCCAGCUGCACUACGUGAACGCCUGCCUGUUGGAGGUCAUGAGGAUCCGCCAUAUCGGGCCUCUUGCCGUUCCCCACGCCACCACAGACACGGUCAAAGUGAAGGAGUACGACAUCGCUAAGGGAACCCAGGUACUACCGAACUUGCACUCCCUCCACAUGGACCCCGCCUACUGGCCUGAUCCGGACCGGUUUGACCCCGUAAGAUUCCUGGACGCGGAAGGGAACGUCAUCAACAAGCCUGAGUCCUUCAUGCCUUUUUCUGGAGGCCGACGUGUGUGUCUUGGUGAGCAGCUGGCCAGGAUGGAACUUUUCCUGUUCUUCUCGACUCUACUGCAGUCCUUCACCUUCAAGACGCCAGAGGGCGCCCCUCCUCCAAGCACUGACGGCAUCUUUGGGAUAACAUUGACACCGCAUCCGUUCCAGCUUUGUGCAAUACCACGUUAG